AUGGAGGAAGAAAAACCAACUGGCGUCGUUAGCAGGUUCGUAGGAGGAUUAAACAUCAGCAUGAGACGAUUCUUGUUUCGAGUGAUAUCAUCUGGUCCAAUCCCAGAACACAUCGCCUUCAUCAUGGAUGGAAACCGAAGAUUUGCAAAAAAAUGGAAGCUCGAAGAAGGUGCAGGCCACAAAGCCGGAUUCCUAGCACUCAUGUCGCUGCUAAAAUACUGCUACGAGAUGGGAGUGAAGUACGUCACCGUUUACGCAUUCAGCCUCGAUAACUUCAAGAGACGCCCAGAUGAAGUCCAAUACGUAAUGGAUCUAAUGCACGAAAAGAUCCAAGGGUUUUUGAAAGAAUUAGAUAUGGUGAAUCGGUAUGGAAUCCGAGUGUUGUUUAUUGGGGAUCUGAAUCGGCUUUCUGAUCCGGUGAGAAUAGCGGCGGAGAAGGCCAUGGAAGCGACGGCUAUGAACAAGAAAACUUAUCUUUUGGUCUGUGUGGCAUAUACUUCGUCGCAUGAAAUUCCGCGUUCUAUUUAUGAAGCUUGCGAGGAGAAAAGUCGCCGGAAAGUUGGGGAAGUGGAGGAAGAGCAGGAGGAGGUGAUCAAAGUGGUGGAUUUGGAGAAGAAGAUGUAUAUGGGGGUGGCGCCGGAUCCUGAUAUUCUAGUGAGGAGCUCUGGCGAGACGCGGCUGAGCAACUUUUUGCUGUGGCAAACCAGUAACAGUUUGUUGUAUUCUCCGAAGGCGUUGUGGCCGGAGAUGGGGUUGCGACAUGUUGUUUGGGCGAUCUUGAAAUACCAAAAGAAUUAUUUCUAUUUGGAGAAGAAAAAGAAGGAGGCCUGA